AUGGCCAACAAUACUGACUUAGCUACUGCUAUUCGCCUCUUGGCGGAGAAAUUGAAUCAGGAAAGAGUUGAACGUCCUGAGACUGCUGGAGAAAUGUUCGAAAGAUUGGCCAAGGUUAAACCACCAUACUUUAAGGGACAAUCUGACCCUACCUUCUUAAAGAAUUGGAUUAGGGAAUUCGAAAACCUAUUUGAGGUAGUGAACUGCCCUGCUGAUAUGAGAGUAGGACAGGCUGUUAUAUCUAAAGAUGAGGCUGACCUAUGGUGGAGAGAAAAUGGUGCUAGGCUGAGUGCCGUUGAAGGAUUCAAUUGGGAAGCAUUUGUGGUAGUCUUGAGGGGGAAGUUUUACCCUAAAUUUAUGAGGAAGCAAAAAGCCCAAGAGUUCAUCAACCUUAGGAUGGGUAGCAUGACUAUUUCUGAGUACUAUAGCAAAUUUAUAGCCCUGUCUAGAUUUGCACCUGAGACAAGGAGAGAUAAGAAAAAUGGGAUAGUUGGCGAGAAGAGGAAGGAUGUUAAUGCUGGGGGAAACCAAGGGAAUUUCAAGAAAAAUCGAAAUGGUAAUGGGAAUUUUCAAGGGAGGAAUAACCAGGAUAAUCGCAAGGGUAAACCUGAGAGAGUGCAUCACUGCAAGUUCUGUGACAAAAACCAUCCUUGGAGAGAUUGUAAGGGGGAGUUAGUGACCUGCAACUACUGCGGGCCAUAG